AUAACUAGCUGCAGCAGCAGCCUGGGACUAGUACCUACCUACAGUCGGGACAUCUCUGGCUGACUGCGUUCACAUUAAAAAUAAGUGAGGUUGUUUGCUUGUUUAUGCUGCCGCCAAGGUGACGACUGAACUCGGCAAAGGCAGUUGGGUGUGUUUUCGAUGAAGGAGCAUUUUCUUAAAUUUGCCAACAUCACCGAACUUGGCAACUGUCGGAUUGAGUUGACCCAUUUCACACCGUAAAUUACCCGGCUCAGAUCCAGUGGGUGCCUCUGAUCUACCGCCUGACUGCUAAUCCGCCUCCCGGGUUGAUAACUCAUGACCUCACAUCCUCGUGUCCUGAUGAUUCGGUGAUAUGGGAGAGUGGUGGACAACUGUGCCAGUAGGGACGUCUAUGGGAAACUAUGAGAUCUCCAGCAUAUCGCAUGUGACAAUGUCCCCCUCGAGACAGAACAACCUUGUGUCAAUGUACUCUUCUUUGCCACUGUCCAAAAGCUCCUACAGUGUGAUAAGUGCCUUUUGCACAGAGGAUAAUGUUCCUCAGUGCAUUUCAUACAUCAAUCAGGAGCUUGCCUCACUUGGCCUCUCCUCCACAUGUAUCGAGGCCAGCUCACCAGGGGAAGCCGGCCUGAACAUAGUGCCAGCUCUGAAUGCUAUGUAUGAGCUGCUCCAGAUUCACAGACGGAACAUGUGCACUUUAGAGGAUCUCGAGAAAGAACAGCUGAAGAAAUCCAGCUCCUUAGAACACAUGCAGAUGAACAAUUCCAGACUCAAGGAUCAGUUGGAACUGUCCAUAAGGGAGAAAUCAGGUCUACAUGAGACAGAGAGGCAGCUACAACUCAAAAUUAAGACUUUGCAGAGCUGCUUGAAAACAGAAAAAGAUGAGGUUCAGAAGCUCCAGAGUAUCAUUGCCAGCCGUGCCUCUCAGUACAGUCAUGAUGCCAAGAGAAAAGAGAGAGAAGCUGCAAAGCUGAAGGAGCGCCUCAGCCAGCUACUGGUCGACAGAAAGGAUAAGAAACUAGCUAUUGAUGUACUGAAUUGCUUGGGGAGGUCGGAUGGGAAAAGGAGCCACUGGAAGACUGCAAAAGCGACAGCCAGCCACGAGGGUGAGAUGUACAAGUCCUUGCUCAGUGACUACGAGGCGAGUCAGAGGUCCUUGAUGCUGGAGAAUGCCGAGCUUAAGAAAGUCCUCCAGCAGAUGAAGAAGGAAAUGAUACACAUCUUGAGUCCACGCCAGCCUUCUGCCAGAGGAGCCACUGCUGAUGACAGUCAGGAGCAGGUGGAUUCAGAUGGGGAGGAGAAAGCGGGUGACUCUAGCAGGGAAACUCUGGACCAGUCCUGUGAGCACGCCAGGGAGCAGCUCACCAACAGCAUCCGCCAGCAGUGGAGGAAACUGAGGAACCACAUGGAGAAGUUAGACAGCCAAGCCUUGCAAGUGCAGAAUCAGCUGGAAACCAAUAGAGAGGUGAUACCAAGGGAGACCCACGAGGAUGAGAUGGAGAGGAUGAGGCGUGAAGUGCAGCAGUGCAAAGAAUUCAUUCAUGCACAGCAACAGCUCCUCCAGCAACAACUCAACACAUCAUUUGAUGAUGAGACAGCGGCUCUUCUUAAUGACUGCUACACACUGGAGGAGAAAGAGCGUCUCAAAGAGGAAUGGAGGCUCUUUGAGGAACAGAAGAGAAACUUUGAGAGGGAGAGAAAGAACUUCACAGAGGCUGCUAUUCGCCUGGGGCGAGAGAAAAGGGCCUUUCAGGAGGACCGUGCUUCUUGGCUCAAGAAUCAGUUUUUGAACAUGACUCCUUUUACAGACCGAAGGAGAUGUUCCUCGUCUGACGGUCAAAGUGCCUUAUCAAUCAGAAGUGAGCCAGAGAUGAGGAUGUCUUCCACAAAUGCUCAGCAGGCCAAAUCCUUAACCUACGCUACGUUCUCCACUCCUAAACCUGCACAAAGUGCUACCGUGCCAUCCACAACCGAACUUUACCGGAAACUCCGCCUGAUACCAGACAGCAGUUCCUCCAGACAUUCAAAUAGAGGAUGUUGGCAAGAGUCCAGCACCAUUGAAGAUGGAGAUUCUCGGUUCAAGUCAAAAAACAGAGUUCGAUGUGGAGACUUAAGUAUCUUCUCUUUGGGUGAAGAUGAGAACAGCCUCACUUGAAGAACUUCCGGUGCCUUUUUUUUUUUUUUUUUUGGUAUGAUUU